GAAGAAGAAGAAGAAAAGAAGAACCAGAUCACACGUGUUCCAAAAUGUCGUCCUGUACUGUUUUGAUCGUGUAGUAAUUUGUGCUAAGAGUUUUAGAUUAUUAAACAGUUUCAGGUUUAUAUUUUCCCAGCGACUUCAUUAGGAGGUAGUUAUAUCUAGGUAGAGAUACACCACAGGACACAAUGGCGCAGAGGAAGAAGAGAUUGUGGAAGAAGAAGAAGCCCUCGGCACACAGAGAGCCAGACGUGGACUCAGAUGGAGGAGAUUUCGAGUUAGCUGCUGAAAUUAAAGACGACGUUGUAUUUGGUAAAAAGCUGCCUCGCUUCCCCACGUCAUCUGAUUGCCUGUCGGAUGUAGAACCGGACACGAGAGAGAUGGUGCGUGCUCAGAACAAGAAAAAGAAAAAGUCUGGAGGCUUUCAGUCCAUGGGUCUCAGUUACCCUGUCUAUAAAGGGAUCAUGAAGAAGGGCUACAAUGUUCCGACCCCUAUCCAAAGAAAAACUAUUCCAGUCAUCUUAGAUGGUAAAGAUAUUGUUGCCAUGGCGAGGACCGGGAGCGGCAAGACGGCUGCGUUCUUGGUGCCCAUGUUCGAGAGGUUGAAGGGACCUCAAGCUCAGACAGGCGCCAGAGCUCUGAUCCUCAGCCCCACGAGAGAGCUGGCACUACAGACCAUGAAGUUCACUAAAGAGCUGGGCAGGUUCACCGGGCUAAAAACGGCACUAAUCCUCGGUGGAGACAGCAUGGACGAUCAAUUUGCCGCUCUACAUGAAAAUCCAGACAUCAUCAUUGGUACUCCUGGCCGUCUGAUGCACGUCAUCAUGGAAAUGAACCUCAAACUGCAGAAAGUGGAGUACGUGGUGUUUGACGAGGCGGAUCGACUGUUUGAAAUGGGUUUCACUGAACAACUGCAGGAGAUCAUCAGACGCCUCCCCGAAACUCGGCAGACCCUGCUGUUCUCCGCCACGCUCCCCAAACUGCUUGUGGAAUUUGCUAGAGCUGGAUUAACAGAUCCAGUCUUGGUCCGUCUAGAUGUCGACAGUAAGCUCAGCCAUCAGUUAAAGCUGUCCUUUUUUCACCUGCGUUUGGAUGACAAGCCUGCACUGUUGCUGUAUCUUCUGCGUAAUGUUGUGAAGCCUCAGGAGCAGACGGUCGUAUUUGUGGCUACCAAACACCACGUGGAGUACCUCAACCAGCUACUGAAUUCACAAGGAAUCGAGUGUGCGUACAUAUACAGCUCUUUAGACCAGACGGCCCGAAAGAUCAACAUUGGUCGCUUUGUCCACCGCAAAGCAAUGGUGCUGCUGGUGACUGAUGUGGCAGCUCGUGGUAUCGACAUCCCACUCCUGGACAACGUCAUCAAUUAUAACUUCCCCUCCAAGGCCAAGCUCUUUCUGCACAGAGUUGGUCGCGUAGCCCGUGCUGGUCGGAGUGGUAGAGCCUUCAGCCUGGUGUGCCCAGACGAAGUGCCCUUUGUUUAUGACCUUCACCUCUUUCUUGGACGACCUUUGCACCUUGCAACCAUUGAUCACUCACAGGAUGCUGACGGAGUGUUGGGCCGUGUCCCACAGAGCAUCUUGGAUGACGAAGAUGCACAAGUUCUUGCGGCUCAUGAGAACUGUCUUGACCUCCAGAACCUCAAACGGAUCUCCGAGAACGCUUACAAGCAGUACCUUAAGUCCCGACCCAACCCCUCACCAGAAUCUAUCAAGCGGGUCAAGACCUCUGAUCUGUCCUCCAUAGCUGUUCACCCACUGCUAGGGUCAGGACUUGAGAAGAUGGAAUUGGAGAGACUGCAGAUAGUCGACUCGAUCAAGGCUUACAAGUCAAAAUCCACUAUAUUUGAGAUCAACUCCAACAACAAAACCAGUGCCAGUGAGGUAAUGAGGACGAAGCGUUCUCGGGACAGCCACCUAGUGGACAAAUUCCAGAGGACAAAAGAAGAGAUGCAAGCCGAGAGUCAGCCGAUCCGUCCAGCUGUUCAAAACUCUGUUACAACACAACUGCACCAAGGGGAGGAAGAGGAGGAGGAGGAGGAGGAUGAUGAUGAUAAAGACCUUCAGGGUGUGUUCUCGAAAGUGGUUGGAGGAAAGAAACGGAACGAGAACGUGGAUGUGUACAGACCCAAGAGCAAAAAGAGCAGGCGGUCGGGUCGAGACGAGGAGUUUUACAUCCCAUACAGACCCAAAGACUUUGAAUCGGAAAGAGGACUCAGCCUUGCAGUAGAAGGCAGCUCGUUUGAACGGCAGGCCUCCACAGCUGCACUGGAUCUGAUGGGUGAUGACAACAGCACCCUGGACCAGCACAAGAAGAUGAUGAGAUGGGAUCGCAAGAGAAAACGCUUCGUCCAUGACACAGGAAAAGAAGACAAAAAGAGCAAAAUCAAAACGGAGAGUGGGCAAGUGGUCAUGGCCAAGAAGUCGAAGAAGAACUUUUAUGAGGAAUGGAAGAAGAAAUACAAGGUGGACAAUGCAGAUGAUUCAGAUGGAGAGGAUGGAGGAGGAAGGGAACCGAAAUUUGGAGGUCGUAGGGGUCGACACGGAGCGGGAUCUCAGCCCCAGAACAAGGAUGGCUCACGGGUUCGUUCGGAGCUGAAGAGCAGCGAACAGAUCCUGAAACAGCGCAAACAGCAGUCCAAGCAGCAAUUCCUGCAAAAAGGUGGCUUGAAGAAGCUGCGUGGCCGAAACAAGCAGCGACUAAACGACGUCAUGAAGUCCGGCUUCGGCCGUGGGCGCUUCAAGAAAGGCAAGAUGAGGAAGAGACUGUAAGAGCUUGCGGGGUCGAAACUCAAGCCAGAAACCCAACAUAGCUUUCAACCUGCCACCAGAUUUAACAAGGACUGGUUCAAAAAACCUUACGGUGAUGUAUUUAGUGGAUAAAGUAGGUCAAAUUGAGUUCACUGACCUGAUUCUCUUAAUUUCACCUUUAUUUUUUUUUUUUCUUUUUUUUUUUUGGCGCAUUUUCAUAAGUUGUGACCAUUUCUGGAAACUGAGACUUCUCUGUAAAAAAAAAAAUUAAAAUAAAUUAAAAGUCUAAACUUGAAGAAAAUCGAGCAAAGUUUGGAAACUGAGAAGACAUGAGAGAACCUCCUCAAGGAAACUUUGUUAACUAUACCAUAACGAUGUUAAAUUUGUUAUAUACAUGUGUAUUUUGAAAUCUGUGACCAUUACAGAUGCAAAUGACAACAAUUAAACAUUUACUGUGUGUUUCCUGA